AUGAACUUGAGUCAAUUGGUGGUAAUCGGACACUCUUUAGGUGCUCAUAUCAGUGGGACGAUUGGUCGAUAUAUCUACGCUAAUACGAACCAAAAGGUUGACCAAAUUAUAGCCCUCGAUCCAGCUAUGCCGUUAUUUUCAACGUUCGUCACAGAGACUGAUGACUGUAUUCACAAAUCAGAUGCUGGAUGGGUCACGGUGAUCCAUACAAGCCCUUUGGGUAUUAGAAAACGAUUAGGUCAUAUCGACCUAUAUCCCAACGGAGGAUGGUUCCAAGCAGGCUGUGAGGGAGGCUUCGUGGAACGAAUUGCUUGCUCUCAUUCAAUAGCAAAUAACAUUCUCUUGGACCUUAUUCCUGGUUAG